AUGACAGACUGUUUCUUUGCCAUCUCCUCCUUUAUCUGUGCUAGCGCCCUUACCUCAAGCACUGUGGUCAGGCUCGCUCUCCGCUCCUGGACAGAGUUCUUCAGCUGGGUCCUGCACUGGUUCUGUAGAAGCUCUGCGUCUGGGCUGGAGAUGAUGGAAUGCGUGGUGGCGGCAGAGAGCAUGCAGAGGUACAGGAGGCUGCAGUUUGAGAGAAAGUUGCUGUUGGACCCAUGCCGGACCUGGUGCCCGUCCUCGUCGUGCCAGGCAAUGGGCCAGCUGAAGGAGGUGGAGAUGGAGUUGCCACAGCUGGUCCAGUUUUCUGUGUGCAGGCUAGAGUUCUGCUCGGCCUGCCGGAACAGCUGGUAUAAAGAACAUGCCUGCCAGGACAACACCUUCUGACCCGGAGAGACCAGUGCAGUAUACAAGCCCGUCAAGCUCUGUUCCAAAUGUAAGGUGUACAUCGAGAGGGACAAGGGAUGUGCUCGGAUGAUGUGCAAGAGCUGUAAGUGUACCUUCUGUUGGUACUGCCUGGGGUCUCUUGAAGAUCACCUCCUCCUGAUCCACUAUGACGAAGGGCCGUGCAAAAACAAACUGGGCCUCUCCAGAGCUUCAGUUAUCUGGCACCGGGACACAGCACACUUCCACAUCUCUCUCCGGGUGGUGGGGAUAUUCGCUGGCUUCGUGCUGCUCCUGCUGUUGGCGUCUCCCUUCCUCCUCCUAUCCUUCAUUCUGUGCUGCAAGUGUAAAUGCAGUAAAGGGGAUGACGACCCUCUGUCAACCUAA